CGCCGGGCAGCGGGAGCGGCGGCCGCGCCAUGUGGCUGCUGGGGCCGCUGUGCCUGCUGCUGAGCAGCGCCGCCGAGAGCCAGCUGCUCCCUGGAAACAAUUUCACCAACGAGUGCAACAUUCCAGGCAACUUCAUGUGCAGCAACGGGCGGUGCAUCCCCGGCGCCUGGCAGUGUGACGGGCUGCCCGACUGCUUCGACAAGAGUGACGAGAAGGAGUGCCCCAAGGCGAAGUCCAAGUGCGGCCCGACGUUCUUCCCUUGUGCCAGCGGCAUCCACUGCAUCAUUGGCCGCUUCCAGUGCAAUGGCUUCGAGGACUGUCCCGACGGCAGCGAUGAGGAGAACUGUACCGCGAACCCUCUGCUUUGCUCCACCGCCCGCUACCACUGCAAGAACGGCCUCUGCAUCGACAAGAGCUUCAUUUGCGACGGGCAGAAUAACUGUCAGGACAACAGCGACGAGGAAAGCUGUGAAAGCUCUCAAGAACCGGGCAGCGGACAGGUGUUUGUGACCUCAGAGAACCAGCUCGUGUACUACCCCAGCAUCACCUACGCCAUCAUCGGCAGCUCCGUCAUCUUCGUGCUGGUGGUGGCCCUGCUGGCCCUGGUCCUGCACCACCAGCGGAAGCGGAACAACCUCAUGACGCUGCCGGUGCACCGGCUACAGCACCCCGUGCUGCUCUCCCGCCUGGUGGUGCUGGACCACCCCCACCACUGCAACGUCACCUACAACGUCAACAACGGCAUCCAGUACGUGGCCAGCCAGGCCGAGCAGAACGCGUCGGAAGUAGGCUCCCCGCCCUCCUACUCAGAGGCGCUGCUGGACCAAAGACCCGCGUGGUACGACCUGCCGCCGCCGCCCUACUCCUCCGACACCGAGUCGCUGAACCAAGCGGACCUGCCCCCUUACCGCUCGCGCUCCGGAAGCGCCGGCAGCGCCAGCUCCCAGGCGGCCAGCAGCCUCCUGAGCGCAGAAGACAGCGGCCACGGCCAGGGGCAGCCCGGUCCUCCGGAGGGCGCUGCGGGGCCCAGGGACUCCGCGCCCGGCCAGGGCGCCGCGGAAGUGUAAACCCGGCGCUCCCAAAGUCCGUGUGGGUUAAUCUGCUCUGACUUGGUACCAUCCUAACAAUUUAGCUCACGGGGAGCUCCUCAGGGUGCCUCGAGGAGAGAUUCCGGGUGUCAGCUGUCUCUCCGUCCCCUUCCUCUCCCCUCCCCCCACCCCUCCCCAGAUUUCAGGGAUGUUCUUUAGAAGGAGACCUGGUGUUUUUCUGGCCUCUCAGGUGACACGAUAUACUGUGCAUCUUUUCUGGGAGGGCACGCGUCCUUCGGGGCCCAGGAUCGUGAGCGCACUCUCGACAUCAUUGUGUCACUGGCGGAAUGUUGCGGAGUAGGCGGUGUAAGCUUGCAGGCGGACGGAGAAGGUGACAGAUCAGCAGUCCUGGGGAAAGCGGCGCUCCUGUGCCCUGUUGGAUGUUCAGAAGGGCAGAAGACCCCAGACCGAAUUCUCCGUGGCUGCUAGCAUGUGGCUCCGUCGGAGGUUUGGGUUGGAUGAGCCUCCCAAGAGGCCAUCGUGGAUGAUGGCCCUGGAAGGAAUCCAGGCGAGCAGUAAAUCCUGCCUCACGCUACCCUGCACGCUGCCCUGGGUUCGCGGCCAGAGGAAACGGCCAUGCGUUACGCCCUUCAGCAAUCGCCAGUGUCCUUCUAGUUCUCUGAACGACCCCGAAGCCAUCUACUUGAUAGAUUUGGGCUUUAAAGACUUGCCCAAGAGUCCUUGCCUCGAGGGCUCUUCUCUGGCAGCGUCUGUCAUCAGCCUCAUCCCGGAAUAGGCAGGGAGCCUCCGUCAUGAGUUUGAGUUCUCAGCUCUUAAAAUGCAGCCUGUUGAGAGCCUGGGCCUGCUGUGGCCCACAGUCCUUCUCUGGCUUCUGGACCGUCCCCUUCCCGGAGCCAAGGGAUGAGGACCCAACUCGAAUUGGCCAAAAAUCUGAUCUGGUCCUCUGUCCCCGUAAACCACGCCUGGCCGGUCUUGCCCAGCCAUGCAGCUUUCAGCGCUAGCUUCCAACAUCCCCUUGCCACCCAGAAGUCAUUUUACCUGUGCGUUUGGACUUGAGGACACUGUGGUUGGUGACACACAUGAGAACAUUCAGUACCUCCCACCAGAGCUCCUGGGUCCCUGUGUUGGACACACUCCCCUUCCCGAGGCCCAGAUACCAGCAUCCUGACCUAGGAUUAGGGCUGGGGUUAGUUAGAGUCAGGCUCGGGCUUCUUCUGACUUGCCACAGUUUCUCCUCUAAAAGAUGUGGACGGUAGAUAAUUUGGAGUCAAGAUUUGCCAUUCGGACUUUUGUUUUGUUUUGUUUUUUAAUCUCUUAGAAAUGCAUUUGAAACAGUGUGUUUGUUUUUUCCCUUCUAGUUAAGGGAUUAUUUAUACGUGUAUAGGAGAGCUGUGUCUUUGUUUCGUGUUCUUUUGUUUUCCCUUAGCGAGGUCCAAAGAAAGAUACAAAAAGGAGAUCACACCUUUGUCCCGCUGAGCCCCGACACCAGGUCACUGCAGGCUGACCUGUGUGCCUGGCGUUUGUGCAGCGUUGCACUUUGAGCUGUUAUUUAUCGACUUUGUGAAGGUUGCAGAAGGAGGGAUGUCUUUCUCCCUCGGUUCAGAGCCUCUGUGUUUCCGCUAGCGUUUUUCUUUCUCUGUGCCUAGCUAGCCGCAGGGCCCGCUCCCUGGAGAAAUAGUGGGUAGAAAUGUUAGAUGCUAUUUGGCAAGAAACCACCCCGAUGGGGCACAAAACUGGAACCAGGCAGAACCACUCCAGGCAGCUCUCACCCAUUCAGGAGUUCUUUCCACAGCGGAAGAAAUUUCCCGUAACCUCUUUGAUGCUAAUUUAAAUGGAGCUUGCAGGCGUGGGAGACAAAGUGGCAUUUAGUGAUCCUGUUCUGUGGACUUGUUUGGAUUUUUUUUUUUUUAACCAUAUCCAAAAUAUGUCACAGAAAGCUAGCGACUUGAUCAUUUCUUUCUUUCUCUUUUAAGUUAAGGAAAAGGAGGCUAGUUGCUUCUGUCUUUCAUUUUUUAAAUAACACAUGAGUUAUUUUCCGAGUACUCUGAUAAAGAAAGAACUUUUUGAUGGUAGCCAGAGUGUGUUUCAUCUCCUGUGAGUCAGAAUGGCUUUACUUCUUCCCCCUUUGAUGGGACCGUGCUUCUUUCUGGUAUUUUGGAAGUUGUUUAGAAGAAAGGAUUCUAAUUUUAAUUAAUUGUGCAGUGAAUUAAUCUCACUCGCUUUUCCACUUCCAGGCAUCUUAGGAAAAACAAAUGGUCUUAGUAGAUAAGAAAGCCUAUUAAUGUUGUCGUUUUUUUAAAUAACACAGGGACAUUUUUAUUAUAGAUUUGAUUUUUUUAAUGAAUCUUUUUAAAAAUAUACAAAUAGAGCACCAAAGCCGCAGGGGAUUUUCCUGUCUUCUCCCCUACUCAAAAUGGCAAAAUAAGUGGCCAGCAAUAUUUUUUAACUCAUUCCAUCCAGAAUAUUUUUUUAUGCACUGCCUGAAUCUACACCAACCAGAAAACCAUCUCAAAUGAGAACAGCAAAUUCUUUCUAUUUUAGCAUUAACAUUAGCGUCAAUGUAAUUGAUAGCUUACCCCCGAUUCAGCUCCCUACUCUGAAAUUGACAUCUUUUUUAAACACACAACAAAGCGGUUAAUAAAUAGUGUGCUAUGUUCAAAGUUGAUGCAAACUGGAAAGUUUGUGUGUGGUUGCUUUUUGUGUUUUGGUUAAGUUUUGGUUUGGGUU